GGCAGGUUCUUGUUGUCCGUCUGCUUGCUUCUUUUAGGUCUCCACGUGCUUUUUGAAUCGUUCUACCGUCACUUCAAAUAGUUUGAAAAGUUUCGUUCGCUCAGCCUGAUUACGCAAGUUACGUGCGCAGGAGCGUAAUAUCAGCGUGAUAUAGGAACAGUCACCUUCGUGCGGUUGGACGCUACUGCGUCCGACGGGCUCAACGUCCUUCGUGACAAUGAGCUCAACACGUUAUGCAACCAGGUGUUGCUCCGUGGAAGAAUGCCGAAGUGACAACCGCACGGCUGGCGUCUCGCUGCACCGGUUUCCUGUCGACACUCGAAGGCGUGAAGCAUGGGUUCGGUUCUCCAACAACCGGGGCCUACAGUGGAAGACUCCAUGGCAGCUACGAAACAUGGUUGUUUGCUCUUUACAUUUCAAGGCGUCAGCUUUCCUGCGGCCUGGAUACCUACGCCACAAUGCAGUGCCGACUGUGCUUGCCCCUGAAGAAACGACACGUGGCGAAGUUUCAAGCGAGAGCUGUACAGUUUCUGCAGUGGCAAAUGGAAGGAGUUCUCCAGCCCCACCGACCUACCGAUACCCGGGCCGCUCGGACUCCCAGAGUUCCUGUGGCAUUCCUGUCGACCAGUCUUCCGAAAUGGAACUGUCCUUAGAAGAAGGGAGGAGUUCUCUAUCUUCAUCGAGCUGCACAUCCUCCAGCCGCCCAGACUCGCGGAGUUCCUGUGGCAUUCCUGACG